CUCGAGUCUAGUGCUUGGAUCGGUCAUGAGUGGCAAGGGCGUGCAGAAGCAGCGGCAGAAGCGCAAGUCACUGGCUGAGGACUAUGGCGGCUCCGUGGGUGAGGACCUUCUCGAGUACAUGGAGAAUGAGGAGGCGCCGGGCGGCGUGCAGCAGUCGGUAGACAGCGUCGGCGCCUCCAGCAACUUAUCGCGUCGCAUCCAGAACCGUCUGCAGAAGCUCAACGAGGUGGCGCAGUCCGCUGGUGGAGACGGUGAGGCCUCUGGUUACUACGACUUUUCCACCCUCGACAUGAAGCCCGACCACGAGGCGCGGCCUGUGUGGGUCUGUCCCAAUGGCCGCAUCUUCCUGGAGGCCUUCUCGCCCAUCUACAAACAGGCUUACGACUUCCUCGUGGCUAUCUCAGAGCCAGUCUCUCGCCCGGAGUUUCUACACGAGUACAAAUUGACUCCUUACUCUUUGUACGCCGCUGUAUCGGUGGCCAUCGAGACUGAAAGCAUCCUUAAAGUACUGGAGAGAUUAUCCAAGAACCGCCUACCCGAGGGCAUCGUGGCUUUCAUCAAGGACUGCACACUCAGCUACGGCAAAGCCAAACUCGUACUGCAUCACAACGAGUUCUACGUCGAGAGUCUGUAUCCGAAAGUGCUGCGUAAACUGCUGGAACACGAACACAUUCGAGCUGCGCGUGUGAAGGAGACAGCCGAAGAUAUCGCUUCCAACGCUUCUUCAGCCUCUGCGCCGCCCGUGGCGCCUGGCGGAACAAGACCAGAGGACGCCAAUGAGUUCAUUCAAAAGGAUGUUUCUGCUGAAGACCAGGCCAAUCUCCAGUACCAGAAGCUCCUGAACGAAGACUACAACGUGGCGGACGAAAACCACCUUGGAAAGUCGUCAGGCGACCAGCAAAAGACAGUGCGCACAGUGUCGUUCAAGAUCCGGAAGACAAUGGUGGAGCAGGUGAAGCGUGCGUGUCUGGAUCUGGACUACCCGCUCAUGGAGGAGUAUGACUUUCGUAAUGACAAGACUAUUCCCGAUUUGGAGAUGGAUCUCAAGCCCACGACGCGCAUCCGUGAGUACCAGGAGAAGUCACUCAGUAAAAUGUUCGGAAAUGGUCGCGCGCGAUCGGGUAUUAUCGUGCUGCCAUGCGGUGCUGGAAAAACGCUCACGGGCGUCACAGCAGCUUCCACGAUCAAGAAGUCGUGUUUGUGCCUCUGCACGUCAGCUGUGUCGGUGGAACAAUGGACGUCACAAUUCAAGAUGUGGACGAAUAUCCCAGAGAAGAAGAUCGCACGCUUUACUUCUGUGGCGAAGGACUACAUCAACCCCGACUCGGGUGUGAUCGUGACCACGUACACCAUGGUUGCCUUCGGUGGACGUCGAGCUCGUGCGUCAGAGGAGGUCAUGCAGCUCAUCCAAGGCCGUGAGUGGGGGUGCAUCCUACUUGAUGAAGUGCACGUUGUACCCGCAAAGAUGUUCCGUAAGGUCAUUGGCUCUAUUGCGUGUCACUGUAAGCUCGGUCUAACGGCGACUCUUGUGCGCGAGGACGAUUUGAUCGGCGACUUGAACUUUUUGAUCGGCCCGAAGCUGUAUGAAGCCAAUUGGAUGGAUCUGACCCAGAGUGGAUUUCUCGCUAAUGUUUCGUGCGUGGAGGUGUGGUGCCCUAUGGCCGGUGAGUUCUAUCGCGAAUAUCUGCGGGAGGCUAAAAGUGCACGUAAACGUGCUCUGCUGUAUGUGGCCAACCCGAACAAAUUCACAGCCGCUGAGUUCCUGAUCCAGUACCACGAGGAGCGAGGUGACAAGAUUCUGCUCUUCUCGGACGAUGUGUUUGCUCUGCGUUUGUACGCGACAAAGCUCAAUAAGGGCUACAUUUACGGCGGCACUGGAGAGCGCGAGCGCAUGCGUUUGUUGCAGUCUUUCCGAAGCUCGCCCCUGGUCAACGUUAUUUGCAUCUCAAAGGUCGGGGAUACGUCAAUCGAUCUGCCGGAGGCUAAUGUGAUCAUUCAGGUAUCGUCACACUUUGGUUCGCGACGGCAAGAGGCUCAGCGUCUGGGGCGUAUUCUGCGCCCCAAGGCCAAUGCUACAGGCGGGUUUAACGCGUUCUUCUACACACUUAUCUCCACGGACACACACGAGAUGUUCUACUCCAACAAGCGUCAGCAGUAUCUUGUUGACCAGGGCUAUACAUUCAAGGUCGUGACGGAUCUCUUCGAACCGGGGUCGUUCCAGGGCGUGUUUACGCGCAAGGAAGACCAGCGUGCAUUGCUGAACGAGGUGCUGAGUGCUGAUGUGGAAAGCGCCGCCAAGGAUGAAAACGCUGCCAUCCGCGAUGACGAAGAUCUGUCACGUCUUGAGCUGUCGGGCCACGGUCGCAAGAAGAAGAAAUUGUCGUCGCUCGGAGCACUCUCCGGUGCGGAUGGCACAAAGUACAUGGAGUACUCGGCUGGCCAUGGUGCCAAGCAACGUCACAACCUCUUCCGCGACCGAUAUCGUUAA